AUCAUAUUCGGACGUGGAAUUCUAACAUCAAUCGUUGUUGUGAGUUCUUCCAAAGUAGACUCCGGCCGACCCACCGGAGCUCAGCGCGCUUUCCCCGUCGGUCAGAGUCGCCGAGCCGGAUCGGUCGAUCCUUCUCCGCCGCCCGCCGCCCGCCGCCACCGUCGUCCUUCUCCGAGUCAACUCUCUUCCCGAGCUCCUCGUCUCGCGCCCCCGCGCCUUCCUGCGGCGCCGUUUUUGUUCCUUCCGCGCCGUAACGACGAUUCGUACGAACGAGGACUCGGGCGGCGAUCCGAGCGCCAUCGAGCUCCGACCCGCCGCGAGAUUAAGCUCAAUCGAUGGCCGGAGCCGCCCUCCCCAAGGCGGAGCUGACCACCAGCGGCCGCCCGAUCCUAUUCCCCAACGAGAUCGAGUGCUCUCUCCUCUCCAACGUCGAGCUCGAGCCCGAAGGCUCGCCGCCGCUUAGCUCCUCCAUCCACCUCCGGUCCUCCUUCAUGAUCCUCACCACUCACCGCCUCAUCUUCGUCUCCGACUCCUCCUCCGCCGCCGCCUCCGCCUCCGCCGCCGCCACCGCCAACGCCGCCUCCUAUGUCCCCCUCGCCUCCGUCGCGCACAUUUUCUCGCUGAAGAAAUCGAUCAAGUCGAUGUUCGCGUCGCCGCGGCUCAAGUUCCAGCUGUCCGUGGGGUCGGACGGGCGAGUGGGCGGCCCGGCGGCGAGGUCGCUCGUGGUGACGCUGGUGAUGAGAGGGAAGGAUGACGUGGAGGCGUUUGUGGACAAAUUCAGGCAGAAUUGGGGCGCUAGGGCUUGGGAGAGAGAGAAGGAGAGCGAGAGCGCGAGUUCGGGGUCGAGUUCGAUUGUGGAGUCGAAUGCCAGUUCGAGCGGGUACGAUUCGAGAGGAAUGAGAGUGGUUGGGGUGGCAGGUAUACUGAGGAGAGAACAGGAGAUGUGGGAGAGCACUGAUAAGAGCUUGCAGGACGCUUUCCAGGACUUGAAUGCGCUCAUGAGUAAAGCAAAAGAGAUGGUGAUGCUAGCUGAGAAAAUGAGGUCGAAACUUUUGUCUGCCCCAUCUCAAGCUGGAUCAUCCAAUGACGAGGAAUUAGGUUCAAAAGAAGAAAUGCAAGAGUGGUUGUUGAGUGUUGGUAUUGUAUCUCCAGUUACAAAAGAGUCGGCGGGUGCUUUGUAUCACCAGCAAUUAUCCCGGCAGUUAGCAGAUUUUGUAAAGAUUCCUCUUGAGAGGUCUGGAGGAAUGAUUAAUCUAAUUGACAUGUACUGCCUUUUUAACCGGGCUCGGGGCACAGAACUGAUUUCUCCUGAGGAUCUGUUGCGAGCAUGUUCUCUGUGGGAGAAGUUUGAUGUUCCUGUAAUGCUUCGGAAGUUUGAUAGUGGAGUAAUGGUUAUCCAGAAUAAGUCUCACAGCGAUGAAGAGGUUUUUGCUAGAAUCAAAUCACUCAUAACACGGCCUGACGCCCUUCAGAUGGGUGUAAGUGCUGGUGAUGCUGCCAUGACCCUAGGAAUUGCUCCAGCAAUGGCCAAGGAGCACCUCUUAACUGCUGAGAGCCGAGGUUUAUUAUGCCGGGACGUUAGCCCUGAUGGCUUUCGUUUCUACAUUAAUCUAUUUCCUGAGAUUCCUACAGAUGACAUUUACCUGGUGAAAGAUCAGGGAAUCUAUGCUACAUGGAUCAAGUGUGCAUCUUCUACUUCAAGGUUGGAAUGAGAGAGAGACACCUCCAGGUUCCUUAACUUUGUCGCGAACAAAUGUCACAUCUGCUGACAUCGAUUGAAGAGGGAUCGCCCUCUGCGUGCCUGCAUUUCUAUAGGACCGUGCUUCGACCUUUUUGAUUAUCUUUCAUGGUGCAAAACAAUUGGAGUGAGAUCAACCGUUGAGGCAUAAGCUUCGUCCCUAUUCUGGAGACCGAAGAGAGACGAAGACUUGUGGAGUUCUAAGUCGGGAGGUUUAUCUCCUCUCAUCCUCACGAUUUGUCAUCAGAACAGAUUUAGUCAAAAUCGGGGGCCUUAGUCCAUAUGAUAAGGAUUCAGGGGAGCGCCGGGGACUCAUCAUCAUGGUAUAGCAAUUCCUCAUUCUUUCCCAGCUUCAGAUUCUUGUUUCUAGCACAUUUAUAAGAUUGCGAGCUCCUCCCUUCCCCUUGUACCUUUACCUUUUUGUUCGUGAACCAAAAGCCCGAGAUGUCCAUCUUACUUAUUUUUCAUAAAUCAAAUUGUGAUGUUCACGCA